AUUCACACACCAACACACGCGAAUAGCAACCGAGAAUAAAACGCUGCAGAGGCAAAAAAAAAAAGAGGAACGAACGUCGGUUCUCUUCUCGAUUCAACACACUUGUCCAAUUUCAUAGCGUUUGCGAUUAUUUUCUAUUCAAAAGCCACAACCUAUGCAUCGUAACUUAAUUCAGCCACAACUGUGAUCGCCAAACAUCGGAAAAUAACAAAAAGCACGUCAAGAAUUGCCAACGCUCCACUGAAAAAUCCACCUCCCCCGCCCCCCGCAGGAAGAUAACAAAGAAAAGUGCUACAAAAGUUGCCGAUUUUUUCGGCGAAUUAAAAUCCAAAAGCAAUACACAUUGUGCAUUACAACAAAAAGAUUGGAGGAAUAUCGCUGAAAAGACGUUUUAAUCCCACACUCGAGUCCAAACAAUCGACAUCGAUUAGCCAAACGUGUCGAGAAGUCGGGAAAGCAGCUUAACAGGACCAGGAAUUGAACCAGGAAACCGAGAACCGGAGUCGAGAAGCCCGUAGUUCAGUGCAGGAAGAACCAAUCGCCCGCUAUGGUCAUGGAUGCGACCCAAUCGCAGCAGCCUUCGCCGCAGUCGGUGGGACGCGAGUUUGUCCGCCAGUACUACACGCUGCUGAACAAGGCGCCCAACCACUUGCACCGCUUCUAUAACAACAGCUCGUCGUACAUCCAUGGGGAGUCCAAGCUGGUGGUGGGUCAGCGGGAGAUCCACAACCGUAUCCAGCAGCUGAACUUCAACGAUUGCCAUGCGAAGAUCAGCCAGGUGGACGCCCAGGCCACGUUGGGAAACGGUGUGGUGGUCCAGGUCAUCGGAGAGCUGUCCAACGAUGGUCAACCGAUGAGGCGGUUCACCCAGACGUUCGUUCUGGCCGCCCAGUCGCCGAAGAAGUACUACGUGCACAACGACAUCUUCCGCUAUCAGGACCUGUACAACGAGGACGAGCAGGAUGGCGAGUCGCGAUCGGAGAACGAUGAGGAGCACGACGUUCAGGUUGUGGGCGGUACUGUGGACCAAGCCGUUCAGGUGGCCGGCGAUGUGGUUGCUCAACAGCCGCAGCAACAGCAGGCGCCUCCGCAACCCCAGGCCCAGGUGGUUGUGCCCCAGCAGGUGGCUCCUGUUGCGGCCGGCGGAGCUGCCCCGCAGCAGAUCUUCUACCCAUUGCCAGCGGGUGCUGCUGCCGGACGUCCCGUGGCUGUUUUGCCACCGGCUCCGCAGGCCGCGGCGGUUCCUCUGCCCGCGCAGUUCACCGUGCCGCCACAACAGCCUAUCCAGAAUGGCGUUGUGUCGCACGAGGAGUUGCAGCAGCAGCAGCAGGUGCUGGUCCCGCCCAGCGUGUCGCCUCUGGUGCAGCAGCAGCAGCAGCCGAGCGGUACUCCGGUGUUGCCCAUUGUUCCAGUGCCAAGUGCGGGCUUCCAGCAAUCGCCACUGGUGGCACCACAGCUCAUCCAGCAGCAGCAGCAGCCUCCACAGCUGCCUCCGCAGCAACAGCAGCAGCAGCAAACUAUUCAGCAGCAGCCGUUGCAACAGCAGCAGCAGCCACCUCAGCAAGAACCCGAGGAAGUCGAGGUGCCGCCGCGACAGCUGCAGAAGCCGCCCACGCCCGUCGACGACUUCAAGACCAUCCACGAGCAGCAACAGCAGGAGAAGUACGAGGCCGCCAAGCAGCAGCAGAACGAGCCAAAGACUUAUGCGAAUCUGUUCAAGUCCACGUCCUCCUCGCCCAGCGGCUUUGUGAACGCCGCCCUGCAGCAGCAGCAGCAACUCCAGCAGCAGCAGCAGCAACAACAGCAGUCGAUCAGCAGCAACACCUACAGCUCGUCGACUGGAAACUCGGGCAGCGGCAAUGGCGGUCAGGUUAGCUACUCGACCACCGCCUCGUCCUACAACAACAGCAACGGCAACUCGAGGCUGGACAACGGCGGUCCGCUGCCGCAGCGCAACAACUCGAUCCGGAACAACAAGGGUGACUUUGAGCAGCGCCGCUCGAGCAACACUCAGCAGUUUGGUGAUAAUCAGCAGCUGUUCCUCGGAAACAUACCGCAUCACGCCAGCGAGGAUGAUCUGCGCGAUCUAUUCUCGCGUUUCGGAAAUGUCCUGGAACUGCGCAUCCUGUCCAAGGCCGGCAACAAAGUGCCACCGGGCAUGCGCAGUCCAUUGAACUACGGCUUCAUUACCUACGACGAUCCCGAGGCGGUGCAAAAGUGCCUAGCCAAUUGCCCCCUGUACUUCCCGGAGAACUCACCUGAUGGCCAGAAGUUGAAUGUGGAGGAGAAGAAGCCGCGCGUUCGCAACGACAUGGUGCCACGCCAGCCGAUCGGCGGCAACAACCUCAACAACAACAUGGGGCGCUUGGGCGGCAACAACGGACCGCAGUCGCGUCCGAUGGGCAACAACAAUGGCAGCGGCGGCGGUAUGAUGCGUAACAACGCCGGCGGCAACAAUCUCCGCCAAGGAGGCGGCGGUGGAGGCGGAAACGGAGCUCCCCGCUUGGGCGGCGGCGGCGGUGGGUUCGGACAGCGCCAGGAUAAUCGCACCGGCGGCGGCAACAACCAGUCCAACGGACCGCUGCGCGGAGCCGGAAAUGGACAGAGCGGUAGUGGCAACUACGGACGUCGCUAAAGGAGUUCCUCAGCACGACAUCAGCAAAAGCAAAAAGCAUCAACAACAACAGCAGCAGCAGCAGCAGUAGUAGCCACAAAAAUAAGAACAGCAAGAACCCAACGUUAAGAACAUCGACUUCUUCCACAAUGCAAUCAAUCAAUUAACAUUCAAGAACAUCUCAUGCAAUUAAACACACAAAGACACACGCAAAUCCACCAACAUAAAAGUAGUUGGAGCAACAAAAACUGUCAACUGUCCUUUAAAUGUUCCUGAGCGCAACUCGGGGUGUCGAGCUAAAACAAAACAAAACAAUGUGUAAAAGCUAAGGUCUUGAGUCUCUCCUUAGUUUAAUUGCGUUUGGCUCGCUUUUUCCAGCCAGUUCGUGCCAAAAGAUACCGAAAUUCUGUGCAAAUCUCUGUUGUGUAUCCAAAAAGAAAGCUUCAGCUCGUCAACUGCUACUCUCUACCACCCACCCCCUCACGGAAUCACCUUCACCUUGAAAUACGUGUAUUAUGUUUAAGUCUCAACCAAACACACCCAUUAGAUAAACACUCAUCGAACAAACACAAACAGACGGAAGACACACUCACUUACCCAUCUUAGCAUAAAUGUAAACUUUAAUUUCAACUAUUGUUUGGCAAACUACCUUCAACAUGAAUCUAACUUAAGUUCGCAGGAUGAGAGAAAUUGGUUUUAAAAUGAAUGAAAGGAGCAAUGCAACACAUUUUCGUUUGAUUUAUCAUUGAAUAACCACAAUUACUUAAGCUAAAUAAAACAAGAAAUUAAAAGGGAAAACUUAAACAACUUAGCUAAAGUUAUAAACAGAAAACAAAACAAAAAAAAAAAAAGAACAAAAAAAUGAAAAACCUUUGUAAAAUGCAAUUAAAAAGAGCAAAAGAAAGACUUGAAAAAUAAUAUAAAAAAUACAAAAAAAAAAAUGUAAUGAAGAAAUGGUAACACGAGAAAAAUGUAAGGCGCGGUAAAGCAAGCUACAAUAAGAUCAAGCAAAAACACACAAGAACACAAACCUCUUUAAAAAAACAUUGAAAAUGAAACGAAAAUCAAUUCAGCACCCAGCCGCAGGAAUGAAAAGUGCGGAAAAUGAAAAGCAAAACGCAUCAACGUCGACGUUCAGCGCCCCAAAAGUCCGCCGCAUUUUAGAGCCUGUAAACCUUUUGCUACUUAAAUCUAAUUUGCAGACACUGACACAUUUAACUAGCUAGUCUAUAUAGGGAAUCGAAUGAUGUUGAGAUGGAGAGCUUGUAAGAGGGCGAAUGCGGUGCCGGCGCCGCAGCGGGGGCGUGGUUGAUGCAAUCGAUGAGGGGCGGAUGAACUGUGUUUUCGCUUUUUUUUAUUUUCGUUCUGUGUAAUGAGUUCAAGGUCGUAAACCAAACUAAGUCAAGCAACUUAAACGAUUUGGUGUUUCCAACGCAGUUGUGAACUAAAAUUUAGUACAUAUUUUUUAAAUAAAAUCAAGAAAAGCCCAAAAAAAAUAAGAGAGAUGAGAACCAUAUAAAACACAAAACUUAUUAUAAUAGUUGGAAGACGAAACACAAGCUACUAACAUUUUUCUCAAGGUAAAACAAGCAAAACAUGUAACAAAAAAUAUAUACAAAUAUAUAUAUAUAAAUAAAACAAAACUCAUAUAAUUUAAUGUUAACUUUUAGACUUACCAGAAAUCUAAAUAUACAUAUAUAUAUUUAUAUAACUGCUGCAGCAAAAGAGGAAGAGAAGGCAGGAAAGCGAGGAGGGGAACUAAAAACAUUUGAAAUCGUGUAAGAUUCUUUUGAGUUUUGUAGCAGGCGUCCGAAUAUUUGCCCAAGUUAUUCUUGUUUUGUUAAAGCUUAAAUACUUUUGAUUCGUUGGAAGCAUAUCAUUUGUUUUUGUUGGUCGACGCCUGCUCUAGAGAAUCAAUUGCUAAAUCAAUUAAUUUCUACAACUAUUUCUAGAACCCACACAACAAACCACUCACGUUUGCAAGCCAGACAUUUUUAGCACUGUGACGGAGUCUAAAGCAAUUUUAGUACAUUUUUUGUAAAACGAAAAUGUUAGUGUUCAAAUCUUAGCUCAACGAUCAGUGCUGGAAGUGAUUCGUUAGCAUCAACAACAAAAAAAACAGCAUCAAAACAAUACAAUACAAAUCAGAGGUACUAACUAAUUAUAUGUAAGCAUAUAGAAAAAAACAAAAAAAUGUCAUGCUCAUUUCUUAACCGAGAAAAUCACAUUACUGCAGUUUGUAAAGAGUAAAGAAAAACACUUAAUUAUAAUUUAAUUUAUAUGUAUACAACUACAAAAUAAUUAUAAUAAUAAAAACAACCACAAAGAUUCAUCGUGUUUACCAGAAAA